GGCAGUCUCAUUAGCUUCUCCAAUUCUAUCUCCCCUGAGCUUCUCUUCUAAAACAAACAGUCUUCCACCCUUUAACGCCACUUUCUCCACACCCACUUCCGCAAAACGAUUUCCCCUUUUUGUUUGCUCUUACAGUAAGCUCAAACAACUCCACUUCUCUCGCUUUCACUUCACUAGGACUUGACUUUGUGUUGUUUUUGUUUUAUAAAAUCAGAUCCUGGGUUGUCCAGUGAGGACAAGAAAGAGUUGCUGAAACAAUACGGGCUUGACCCGGAGUAGUUUUUAUCUGAACCCUCUUCUAAGAGUCGAAGGAGAAAGGAAGUGCAAAAGAGGGGAAGAGGAUCAAAGCUUGUGUCAGACGAGGAACCUCAGGAAUCAAGAACCACUCAUAAACUCCUUCAAGUGCUUGGAGGAAAGGCUAAGAGAAAGAAAUUGCUGUCUCCAAAGGGCAUGGAUGUGAGACCAAUGAUGGAAGUAGUAAAGGGUGCAGCCUUUGAUAUUCUGCAGGUAGCCAGUGGGUCUCCUGCAUCCUUAAGGCCUGGUCGCUGGUUAGACUUGUAUAGUGGCACUGGAUCUGUUGGUAUCGAAGCUAUCAGCCGAGGAUGUUCUGAAGUGCAUUUUGUCGAGAUGGACCCUUGGGUUGUUUCCAAUGUUCUACAACCAAACUUGGAAUGGACUGGGUUUCUUGAUGUUUCAUCUAUUCAUACUGUUCGUGUUGAAGAUUUCAUAGAUCGAGCAAAGCAAUUCAUAGGUAAAGAUGGAGCGUUUGACUACAUUAGCGUUACACCUCCAUAUACAGCAGUGGAUUAUGGGGUACUUAUGGAUCAAAUUUCAAAGUCAGCCUUAGUUGGAAAAGAUACCUUUAUUGUAGUGGAGUAUCCUUUAAGAAUAGAUAUGCUGGAUUCAUGUGGAUGUCUUGUAAAGAUAAAAGAUCGAAGGUUUGGUCGGACACAUCUGGCAAUAUAUGGACCUGAGUGGGCGCAGAAGAAAAGAAGGUCAGAAAGGACGCUUCAAACAGUAGUAACAAAAGUUUGACUGCACUAUGAUCUGAGGUUUAGUAAUUUUGCAGUGGAUACAUUGAAAGUGAAUGAUACAUCUAGAGGCUGUAAAAUCUACUCCUCUAACCUCUGGAUGAUACACUUGCCACUCCACUCCAGGAAUCUUCAUGGUCUAUUAGUUUAUAUUUUUUGGAUGUUUAAUGACCAUGAGGAGGCUGAUUUUCUCAAAGUUGUAAGGAAUUUAUGAACUAAUUCUGUACUUAGAUUAGUUGAUAUCUUUUACUUAUAACCCUCACUGUACAAGUUAUUAAGUUGAACAUUGUUGUUAGAACUCAUUGCCUACUUAUUAUUGGGUAGUUGUAUCUUUUUAAGUUCAAAUAUGAAUCCAUAUAUUAUUUUUUAUGACAAAUUAGCUUGUGGUUCA